UCACUAUUUUUCUCAUCCUUCAGUACCAAAUAUAUCUCAUUUGAGUUAAUCUUUUGUGGUUUAUUUACUUCUGAAAGAUGAGUUCGAAGAAGAAGAUAGCAAUACUUAUCCCAGCAAGCAUGUUGGCCAUGCUCCUUCUGAUAUCUUCAUCAGAGGUGGCAGCCAGCCAUUCAAAGGAGGGUGAGGUUGUCAAAAUAACUAACGAACAGGGUGAUGCCAAAUUUGUUGGUGGUGGUGACCUUGAUGUUAUGGUCAUUUGUUUUCCUCCUCCCCCUCGUCGUUAUGGCCGGGGUGUUUACUACGAAUACGUUGACAAUCUUUCUCAAAAGCAAGCAGAUAAAUGCUAUUGUGGUUGUUGCUGGCUGACAGAGUCGGGAGAUUGCAGACAAUGCUGCCGAGAAUACUAUUGGUCGCCUAGAAGUGGCGGUGCCUCCCCCUGACAUACAAUAUGAGGAGGAUAAAACCCACAUUUGAGAUAGUGUUCAGGCUUUUAAGCCCUGACCAUAAAAAAUCUAUAUAAUAUCAUAGUGUUCAGGCUUUUAAGCCCUGAUCAUAAAAAAUCUAUAUAAUAUCAUCAGUCGUACGUGAGAGGAUGAAUACAUGUCUUUCUUAUCACUAAAUAAUGUUAGUACUAAUAUGUAUUGUGUCAGUGUGACAUGUUUUAAGAGAAAAACUCAAAUAUUUACUGUGUGUGAUCCUAAUUAAAUCGUGGCA